UCUUGUACGAGUAGUUGUGUCCAGCUUAGCUUUCAUUUCUUGUUUUAACUAGCUAGCCUCGAUAUUGUGAAAAAUUGAAAACAAAAAUGGAAAGAAUGGUUUUCGAAGCUGCACUAAAAGGAGAUGUAGAAAGCUUAAACAGGCGUUUAGAUGAAGAUCCUUUGCUUCUGGAGAGAAGCAUGGCUAGUGGUGUUUACUCCGACACAUCCCUACAUGUGGCGGCAAUGCUGGGAUACGACGAUUUUGCCAAUGAAAUCCUUAAGAGAAAGCCCGAGCUAGCCAAAGAGUUGAAUUCCAAUCAAUCUUCGCCUCUUCACCUCGCGGCUGCCAUGGGGCACACGGGCAUGGUUAGAUGUUUACUGUUAGCUGAUCGCGGGAUGUGUAAGGCUCGUGAUAGAGAUGGGCUCACUCCCUUCCACCUUGCAGCUGUGAAAGGGAGAGUUGAGGUGUUGAAGGAGCUGAUGAUGAGUGAUGGGCAUGUUGAAAUUUGUAGCAGUGAAUUAAGUGAGGUUAUGGGGAUGGAUGUUGAGAAGUUGGGUGAGAGCAUUUUGCACAUGUGUGUUAAGCAUGGGCAGUUGGAGGCUCAAAAGUUUGUUGUGGAGAAGAUAGGAGACGACGCAGAUCUUGUGAAUUCUAAGGAUGCUUCUGGUAACACUGUUUUGCAUCUGGCUGUGGAGUAUAAACAAUUUGAGGCUGUGAAGUUUUUGGUCCAACAUAGUAGAAUACAAGUGAAGGCUGAAAAUGGAAAGGGAUUAACAGCUAUGGACACUCUCUUAAUUCAGACUAGAAAUAAUAAUAUGAAUAAUGUGAAAGAGAUGGAAAUUGGAGAAGCACUACUUGUGAGGAGGGACAAGGAAGCUAAAGAUUCAGAGAAUUGGGUUGAUGAAAUGCGUGAGAGGUUAAUGGUGGCAGCUUCAUUGCUGGCAACAAUGGCCUUCCAGGCCGUUGUUAGCCCCCCUGGCGGUGUAAUUGAUGAUGAUGAUAAAUUGUAUACCUCUUCUAAGUUUUUUGUCUGGGAAUGUUGAUUGCGCGUUUGGAGAAGUCAUGGACCAUAAGUUGACACCUAUCUUAGGAACAUCUGUGAUGGCUUAUAACCAACAAAAUCCUUAUAUAGUGUUCAUACUGGCCAACACGUUGAGCUUUCUUGCAUCUGUGGGUGUCAUAUACUGUUACUCAUAAGUGGUUUGCCCCUUCAUCGUAAACUGUAUAUGUACAUAAUGAUGAUGACGAUGUGGGUGGCAAUCACUGCAGCGGCAGUAAGCUAUAUUGUGUGCCUGGAAAUGACUACUGGUGUAUAUGGCGCCUUCAUCUUCGCCUUGAUCACCUGUGUGUUUGUAACACCUUACGUGAUUAUUGGUGUUGCGUAUAUAAUUAAGGUUACAGUGGUGGUGAUAAAGUGGUUGACAAAACUAUUGAAGACCACAUGGCCCAAGAAGAAUUCAAGUUCAAUGAUAAUGUAUCAAGCUUAGGAUUCAUCCACCCACAAUAUAAUCUGCACUUAUAUAUAUUGGCUGGAUCGGAUAGACACAAGGACUUUAUGAGUGUAUUGUAGUUUCAUGGCAGGUUUCCAACAAUUCUCAUGCAUGUUUCAAUUCCCUAUAUAUCACUCUAUGUCACUUCUCCAAUAAAUAAAUUU